GCCCAUGACUGCCCUUCCCUGAUUCUCCUCCUCCGAGGAGGAGUCCGCAUCCUCGCUGCCGAGACGCCGAUAGCAACGACGGCGCUGUCGUCGACAUUGCUUCCAGCCUCGACCUUCCGCUUCAUGGCGAGCCUGCACCGCCUCUUCUUUCACCGCCUCGACUUUCAUCACCCGGUGGCAGAAAGUCUCGAAUCCUCCCAGACCUUCUCGCUCCCCAACAUAGUCCUAAUGACUCUGGGGAGCGAGAGAUCCCGGCCUAUCUCGUUGACCAUGACUCCGCGCUCCGCUGCCCAGAGUUGUGUUCAUAAAGUUUACUCUGAGUAAAGUUAGAGUAAAAUUGGGUUAAGUAGGAGUUAACUCUAUAAGCAUCCAACUUUGUGUGACUUUGUGAACGGAGUUGAAUUGAUGACAGUAAUGGCGAUUAAUGGCCGUUGUCUAAAUAUUUUAUUAGUAAUCAUAACUCAAAAAGUUAAAACUAUAAAACAUCUCAUAAACUUAAUUUCAGAAAAAUACCUUAUAACAUGGCAAGAAACGUGAAGAAAAUAAUUUGUUUUUCUAUAUUUUCUUUUGCAAGAAAUUUAAUGCUGAAUAUUGAGGAAGAAUCUGACGAUGAAGACUAUGUAAUGUUAUUAAUUGGGACACAUUUAAAAGAGAAGCUUAAUCGUAUUGUUGGAUAUAUGGAAAACGUAGCAAACUCUACAAGUACAGAGUUUCAACGUCAUUUCAGAUUAUCCUUUGAAGCAUUCGAGUAUUUACUGGGACAAGUUGGCCCGCUAUUAAACUCUACUGGAGAUAAAAGUAAACAAACUGGUCGUCCGCCGAUAGACCCACGAAAGCAAUUACUUUCAGUUAUUUGGAUAUUGGCUACACCGGAUUCGUACAGAUCUGUCAGUGAAAGGUUUGACAUGGCAAAAUCAUCGCUAUCGAUAUGUUUUGUGCGAUUGAUUAAUGCUCUGCACAAUUGUCCCUAAAAUAAUAAAAUGGCCACGAUGAACAGAAAUUGACGCAAUUACAGAUAAAUUUAAAAAAAUUUCAAAUAUUCCUAAUGUUAUUGGUGCAGUUGACGGAUCAUAUAUUCCAAUCAAAGCUCCAAAAGUUAACGCAGACAGUUAUAUAAAUCGGAAAUGUUUCUAUGCUAUUACAUUGCAAGGAAUAUGUGAUGCAUCAAUGAAAUUUAUUGAUUGCUUUGUAGGAUACCCAAGUUCUGUGAGCGAUGUCAGAGUUUUUAGGAACUCAGACAUAUAUAUGAAUAUAAUGUCUGGUACAAAUCGCUAUUUCCCCAGCAAUGAAUUUUUAUUAGGAGAUAAAGCUUAUCCUAUAUUACAAUGGCUAAUAUCACCUUAUAUAGAUAGAGGAAAUUUAAAUGCCGUUAACAAGCGAUUUAAUGAAACUUUAUUAAAAGGUAGACAGAUUAUUGAAAGAGCAUUUGCUCUCUUAAAAGGACGAUUUAGAAGGCUUAAAUAUUUAGAUAUGAAUCGCACAGAUUAAUACCAGCGACAAUUUUAGCUGCAUGUGUCAUACACAACAUGUGCAUAGAUCAUAAAGAUAUGAAUAUCGAAGAAUAUAUAAACGAAGGAAUGCAAGUUAAUGACAAUAUGGGUGAAAAUAUUAGAGGCCCAGUUCUAAAUUGUCAUUAUGAAAUUUGUGGUAAUCAGAAAAGAGGUGCUCUUGCUGAAUACCUUUAUCGCAGAGUGUA